CUAGAUUCUAAACCCAGCCGCAUAACUAGUUAAAUCCAUAUUCCCCCCAUAUGGUGAAGAUCUCCUUACCGGUAGUAGUUGCUAGAUCCUCGGCACCUAACACUUACACUCAGCACUGUCGAUUCUUGGCAGUUUACAAACCAACACAGUCUCCAUACUAUUCAUACCAGCGCCAGGAAAGUAUUUGUUUGCAGGCAACAUGUCAGAACAGCCCACCCCUUUGGGCCAAACCUGGUUCGAUUGUGCCACCACUGGUGACAGCGUUGAGUGCAGUGAUGCUAACACCAAGAGCCAAAUACUCGUACCAAUCCAGGAUAUACUUUGUUUAAUUCCCAACAACAGGAAAUAUGCACACGGGUACACAAUGUUAUUCAUCCAGAAAAAUGCCUGUUCCCCCAAUUCUACAUGGAACGUUGAAGGAGUACUUCUUAGAUCCGCCCCAUCUAAACUGCUAUCUGGUCGCCUACUUUCAGAUUUACCGAGCCACCUCAAUCAUUCAAGGGAUAGGGAUCUUAAGUUGCAUAUUAUCAUCUCCACGGCCUCUGGAAGGGGGACGGCGAACAUAUAUUUUAACCAGACGUUGCAACAACUCUUUGACUGGAUUGGAGUUGAGCAGUACGAAGUCCAUCAGACGCAUUCACCCCAGACCAUAACUGAAUUGUGUCAUUCAGUGUUCAUCCCGCAAGCUGAAGCGGGUGUCCCCCAGACAAUCGUUCUUCUCUCCGGAGACGGCGGAAUCGGUGAUAUCAUUGAUUCGUUUUACGGCACCCAAAAAGGCAUUUGUACCAUGCCGAACAUAGCACUUGUCCCGGAGGGUACCGGAAAUGCGCUGGCAACUUCCACAGGACUAGUGACUCACCCCAAAGCUCCAUUGAUUGCACUACUCCGCGGAAAGCCUUGUCCUCUUCCGGUUUUUGUUGCUACCUUCUCAGAUGGUGCGAAUUACGUCCAAGAUGGCCCAGCCCAGCCUCCAUUAAUCGAUGAACACCCCUCCCUAACUAUAUAUGGCGGCAUCGUUGCAAGCUGGGGCAUCCAUGCCUCGCUAGUUGCUGAUAGCGACUCUGUCGAAUAUCGCAAAUUUGGUGCAGACAGAUUCAAAAUGGCUGCAGAAGAGCUCCUCUUCCCUCCAGAUGGCAGCGAGACUCACAAGUAUUCCGGGACGAUUACACUGACUCGAAGAGUUGACCAACACAAUUUUAACCACGAAGAGAUUCUAGAGCACAAGAAACACAUGUACGUGCUUGUAACUUUAGUGUCAAACCUCGAGAAGGACUUUAUGAUAUCCCCGGAGUCGGCUGCUCUAGAUGGCUCUCUAAGAAUACUCCGCUUCGGACCGAUGGAACCCCAGCGUGCAAUGGCCCUGCUAUCUGCGGCAUACCGGAACGGCCAACACGUUCAAGAUGAUGAAGUCAUGUACACCGAAAUCGAAGAAUUUAGAAUUGACUUUCAUGAGGCAGACAAGAGAUGGAGACGUGUGUGCAUCGAUGGUAGAGUGAUAGUCGCCCAGGACAAAGGCUGGAUGAGGGUACAGAAGGAGAGGAGGCGUUUAGUGAAUAUUCUUUUACCAGAUCUAAUAUAGCUCAAACGUGGGGUACCCGGUGGGCCUUUCUCAUUUUGGUAAAAUGCUGAACUCCAGGUUUCGUAGUAGUACGAAUAUCCACGUCCCCCGGAAAGGUGACCUUUAUAAUGUCAUGUUACAGGAAUCCACUUCAUCGCGAGUGACUGGUUUUCGCUGACCUAAUGGCGACAACGCUUUUGACCAUACAAUAAAACCAAGUCGCUUUACUCACUAAAGAGAAGGACCCAUGUAAGAUAAAUUGUCGAGGAAAAAUGGCAACAUCUGCCGUUUAGUAUUUGAAAAUUAG